AUGUGCUCCCUCAGCUCUGGCUCCAUGGACAGUCGACAGAGUGGUGAGUACCCAACCCGUAACCUCGAAGACCCCAUAUCUGAUGAAAUGACGCUCGAUGAUUGGUCGAACGCUGGCCCCGAAGAGGCUACAGUUCUCCUGUAUCCCGAACGUUUCCGCUCUCUGGACAGUGAGUCGAUGAAAGAGAUAAAUUGGCCGCAAGAAAUGGACCUCCUCUAUCUGGGUGCUUGGUUCUACGGCAGCAUCCUCCUGUUUGGUCUUGUUAUUGCCUGGAUCAGUAAAUUGCGGACCUGGAUCCUUCAAGCCAAGGGAGUAUACGAGGACUGA